CUAGUUGAAAGAAAAAUUUUACUUGCACCGUGUGAUUCCUACAACCUUGAUCUACACUGGACCCACAUUGUUCAAGUUAUUACAACAAAUGAUUACCUUACCCAGACCGAGUACUUUACUGUUUAUGAAAACAUUACUGCUCUUCGAAAAUGUUAG